CACGAGGUUUGUUGGAGACAGAACCACUGCACGAAAGAGAUGAAGACACUGUAGCUGGUGCGGAUUUCUCUAGCAUGCUCUCUGAGGAGGAAAAAGAAGAGUUAAAGGCAGAACUAGUUCAGCUGGAAGACGAAAUUACAACAUUACGACAGGUUUUAUCAGCGAAAGAAAGGCACCUGGUUGAGAUAAAACAAAAACUCGGCAUGAACCUGAUGAAUGAAUUAAAACAGAACUUCAGCAGAAGCUGGCAUGACGUGCAGACUACCGCUGCCUAUAAGAAAACACAUGAAACCCUGAGUCACGCAGGGCAGAAGGCGACUGCAGCUUUCAGCAACGUCGGGACGGCCAUCAGCAAGAAGUUUGGAGACAUGAGGUCUCACUCCAUCGGCUACUCCAUUCGCCAUUCCAUAAGUAUGCCUGCUAUGAGGAAUUCUCCUACUUUCAAAUCAUUUGAGGAGAGGGUUGAGACAACUGUCACAAGCCUUAAGGUGAUCUAUGGAAGAAGGAAAUAUGAAGAAGCAAAAGAAGAAUAAAGAACAGCCUAUUUUCAUUUGCUUUUAGGAAACUCUGACGAAAGUAGGCGGGACGAGCCACGGCGGAGGCAGCUUUGAGGAGGUGCUCAGCUCCACGGCCCAUGCCAGCGCGCA